GCGAUUUUGAAUUUCAUUUCCCUAUAUAUAAACGUUACCUCUUACUCAUAUCCCACUCCUCGCUCGCGACUCAGAUCUGACUCUCCAAAUCCACCCAACCCCUACUUUUCAGGCUAUACUUUAAAAAGGUAACAUGCGUCGUGGAGGGAGUAGUGGAGGGGGAGGCAGUUCUUUGGGCUAUCUUUUUGGAGGUGGAGAAGAAGGUCAGAAUCCUGCCCCCAAAAAGGUUGUAACUCCCAAGGUUCAGGUGGAAGUUGAACCUACUCCUAAGCCUACUGCUGCUGCACCACCACCUGCGGAAGUGAUCAAUAAGGAGACUCCAGCAGGUGUUCCUGGGAACACUUCAAACAACUACUUUAGAGCUGAUGGCCAGAACCGUGGAAACUUCCUCACAGAUCGUCCAUCCACAAAGGUCCAUGCAGCUCCUGGUGGGGGUUCAUCUCUCGAUUACCUGUUUGGAGGUGGUGGCCAGUAAGGCCUUUUGAUGUUGGAAUCGUCAGUUCUGGUCCUUGAGACCUCAUGUAGAUGAUUUCUAUUAUGCUGUAAUACUGUACUGCUUCCUGCAGCUAGAAUUUGCAUUCCGGCUUUGUUACAGUUAAAUUUCAUGUGUUUAAUGAUCUUGGUUAUCAGUUCAACCCUCGAUGUUUAACCAGAGUUCUUUAUCUGAUCUAUCCCAGUAUAUGUAAAAUGAUUUUGGUUAUCAGUUCAACCCUCAGUGUUCAACAAAAGUUCUUAAUCCCUUC